GUCGACUUCUCUUCUCUGUUUUCUUUUCAAACUUGAAAACCCUCGCGGCAUUUGAUUUCGAUUUUCGAUUAGGGUUUCUCGCAGAUCCUCCUUCCUCGGCUCUUCAAGAGAUAGAGAAGAUGAAUAUGCAAGUGGAUACAGUAACAAGGAGGAAGCCUCGUAUCUUACUAGCUGCAAGUGGAAGUGUGGCUGCAAUUAAGUUCAGUAACCUCUGCCAUUGUUUCUCAGAAUGGGCUGAAGUCAAAGCCGUUGCUUCGAAAGCAUCGCUGAAUUUCGUUGAUAAACCUUCUCUUCCACAAGAUGUGACUCUCUAUACAGAUGAAGAUGAAUGGUCUAGCUGGAACAAGAUUGGUGAUCCUGUGCUUCAUAUCGAGCUCAGACGCUGGGCUGAUGUUAUGAUCAUUGCUCCUUUGUCUGCUAACACAUUAGCCAAGAUUGCUGGUGGGUUAUGUGAUAAUCUAUUGACAUGUAUAGUAAGAGCGUGGGAUUAUAGCAAACCAUUGUUUAUUGCACCGGCGAUGAACACUUUGAUGUGGAACAAUCCUUUCACAGAACGGCACCUUGUGUUGCUUGAUGAACUUGGAAUCACUCUCAUUCCUCCCAUCAAGAAGAAACUGGCCUGUGGAGAUUACGGUAACGGCGCAAUGGCUGAGCCUUCUCUGAUUUAUUCCACUGUUAGGCUGUUCUGGGAGUCACAGGCUCGUAAACAAAGUGAUGGAACCAGUUGACUUUUACUUAGCCAUUGAGUGCUCUGUUUGCUCCAGUCAUUAGCCCAUAUGAUAAAUGUAUCUCUUGUUUUUGAAUACACUAAGAACAAGCCUAGCUUGAGGAAUUCUCUGAACAAUCGAUUACCCGUGAAUCUUAUGCAGAUAUUUGAAAA